UUUACACUGUCGGCGACUUCUUACGCCCUGACAAGGGCUAAAUCUUGAAUUUUAAUGUUAAAUAGCUGCGCUAAUGUCUCAUCCCGACAUCCCAGAUUUCCCAGAGUGAGUGAGGCAGCAGGUGAAAGAUGUAUCAUCUGGUCCCGUCGCCUCAUAUAGGAAGGCUCGUCUGUCUGUCUGUCUUCAUCAGCGUAAUAUUUAGUGCAAUCCACGUUGUGAUAUACAUACAUGCUACACGAAAGACUCAUGGCUUACGAUCGAGGGAAGAUGCACAACCGCAAAUCAACUUGAUCACCCCAUUGGUCAGUGGAAAUGUUUCCAUAGCAACUAUAUCAAACAAAUCUAUCAAACUAUAUGCCAAAGACAUACACACCAAUGUUCCAAAAGAAAAUGGCAACCAAAAUAUGCCAUCAAAGACUGUAAAUAUCAGCGUCAAUGGUAAAAAGGGAUUACACUUGUCACAUCUUUCCCAGUUCCGCAAAAUUGGAAGUGAAACAUUCAAACCCAAACCAUACAAAAACAUGGACGGAAACAAGAACAGGAACAGGAACGGGAUUCAAAAGAACAACAACAUCCCAAAAAACAUGAAUCAGACUGGUGUGCAUGGUCACCACAUGACAAAGACAUUAACAGGACAUGUUAGACCUCAGUGUAGAGACCUUAUAGACGGAAACGUGAGUCAGAUACAAGAAGCCAUAGUGUAUGGAGAGACUCACCCUUACAAGCCGACACUGUCGUUUACUGACAUGACCAAGAACUGUACCAGAUUCUUAAAGCAGAGGGGCUACAUCAUGGACGUUAGUGCUGAGGAGACUGGGUUCCCUCUCGCGUUUAGUAUAGUAAUGUACAAGAAUGUGGAGCAGGUGGAGAGGCUUCUCAGAGCCAUUUACAGACCAUCCAACUUCUAUUGUGUUCACGUGGACAAGAAAAUGUAUAAGAAGGACAUGACUGAUACUAAAGCUAUUGUGGACUGUCUGCCUAAUGUGUUUUUAGCAUCAGCACAGAUCAAUGUGAGAUGGGGCACCCUUUCCGUUCUGAAAGCGGAUUUAAAGUGCAUGGAGGACUUGUGGGCGUAUCCACACUGGAAGUAUUUUAUCAAUUUGACUGGGACUGAGUUUCCUCUCAAGACCAACCGUGAGAUUGUCAGGAUUCUGAAGACCCUCAAAGGUGCCAAUAUUGUUGAUGCAGAGAAAGAAGUGGAAAAGUGGAAGCGCAUUCGAUGGUCUGGAGCAGGACCUCCUCCAGCAGGCAUCAGCCUACACAAGGGAAAUACUCACGUUCUAGUUUCCAGAGAGUGUGUAGGCUAUGUCCUCCACAGUCCUGUAGUCCACAACUUCACCAUAUGGCUGAGAAACACAAGGAUACCGGACGAAACGUUCUUUCCCUCGCUAAAUCACAGCCCGUCAUUGAGAGUUCCGGGCUCAUUUCUAGGUGAUGACUACGCCACAGAUUAUGACAAUAAACCUUAUAUUGCUCGAUUUAAAAACUGGGGCCCGAACGCUCCUGAGAAAUCCUUUGAGUGGCCAUGUCAUGGUAAGCGCGUGCGUGAAAUCUGCAUUUUUGGCGUGGGUGAUCUCCCCUUGCUCACGUCACGCCGAGAACUGUUUGCAAAUAAGUUUUAUAUAAACUAUCAGAGCCAGACACUGGAUUGUAUGGAAGAAUGGUUGUCUAAUAGGGCCAGGGAGGAGCAGAAAGGGCCGUUUCAGCUCAAUGUAACUUUUUAUGAACAAAUGCCAAAUCUAAAGAAUGUAUGUAGGCAAAAUUGUACGAGGCUGUAACGGUAUCGAAAAGGAUUACCCCGGGUUUGAAUCCGGAUAAAAUUCGUGCUUACCGAUUUGCUGCAGAAAUGAGGUGCCAGUUGCUACCCACACGAAGGAAGGUCAAGGUCACAACACAGUUGACUUCCAUAAUGUGAAGAAAAUAUGACAUUACAUUACCGAUCACAAAUCCAAUCGGCGGUCAUUUCUCAGAAGUAAAUGUAGAAGUAAAUGGACGUCUCAGAAUGACAGUCAUGUUGUGCCUCUUUUUAAUCCUGACUUUAGUUCACUAAGCUCAUCACAGCGAUACAUGUCCCGCGUCGUGAUGGAGCUUGAUUGCCGCUUGGCCUGAGGAAUUCUGGACAUCUGAGGACAUUUGAGGACAUCCGUUAUCUGUCGCUGCUACAGCUGUUUGUUGAUGCGUUGUUGUUUCUCUACAAUAUCCCUUUAAUAUCAACAUGGGAACGACAUGAUUGAUGUCUCAUGUUAACAAAAAUGACUCAACUCAAUAAAGUAAAAAACAUAA